ACUUGAGGUCUAUCAGUUAACGUUGCGUCUUUGACUAGAUAAGUUGCAUUUUGUUUUUUUGUGCGCAUUUUUUCUAUCGAAAUAAUCAGUAAUUUCACGAGAAAACAAUGUCGUUUGAAGGAAAGGUUAUUUUAAUAACUGGUGCCAGUUCCGGCAUUGGAGCUGCGGCUGCUGAAUUUUUUGCUAAGCAAGGAUCAUUACUUGCCUUGGUCGGAAGAAAUGAGGAACGUUUUUCAAAGGUUAUCGAUAAAAUCAAGGAGAGUGGUGUUGAAGCAGAACCAUUAGUCAUUUUGGCUGAUAUUUCGGUUGAUUAUGAACGCAUUAUUAGUGAGACGAUUGAAAGAUACGGGCGUUUGAAUGUCUUGAUAAACAAUGCAGGAUUCGCCAUACCUGGAACCAUUGAAAGCACGCGCACUGAAGAUUUUGAUUCAAUCAUGUCAACUAAUGUUCGUGGUACAUUUCUAUUAACUCAACUCGCGGUUCCACAUUUAAUCGCUACAAAAGGUAACAUUGUAAAUGUGUCGAGUAUUUGUGGUUUACGCACAUUCCCAUCACUAUUGGCAUACUGUAUGGCCAAAGCAGCAUUGGACCACUUCAGUCGAAUUGUUGCAAUUGAUCUUGCUGCAAAGGGUGUACGCUGUAACGCAGUAAAUCCCGGUGUGAUUGAUACAAAUUUUCAUGAUUGCCUUGGUUUUGAUAAGGAUAGUGUCGAAUAUGCUGCCAUCAUGGAUCAAUACGCUAAAAUGCAUCCCAUAGGUCGCGUCGGUGAAUCUGAUGAAUGCGUUAAUGCGAUUGCAUUUUUGGCUAGUGAUUCCGCUGGCUUUAUUACGGGUGUCAAUCUUCCUGUAGAUGGUGGAUUGAACGAGAAAUCUCCACGAGGUUAAAUUGGGCUUAUACACAAAAGUCGCGGAAAACAGUGACAAUAAUAAUUAAAAAUGUAAAAU